AUGGCAAGCUGUAUCAAAGCGUAUGAUAAAUCGUUGGUUAUGAACCUCAGUAUUAAUUGUGUUAUUUUCUUAUUUGAUCCUUUGCAGUCAUCUCCUAGCACCGCAGUUUCCGGCCUCCCUGACUUCUCUAGGCCUCCACCAUCGAUGCUUCCCGUUAAUGGAACGUCAAAUGGUUCACUUCAAAGGACUGCGUCAAGUAAGGCUCUUCCCGACAUUGCUGUAGCGCCAAAUCGAAGUAGUGCUCCGCCAGCUAUGGCUUGUGCAGCAGUGCCUCCUCCAAAUGCUGCUCCCCCACUCAACUUUAAUGUGCCACCUCCUAAUGUUGCAAGCGGUUCCGGCACUGCAAGAGCACCAUACAUGCAGACCUCGAGUUUUCUUGGCCCUCCACAAGGGACGUCAAACCCCGUGCUCGCUCAGGACUUCACCAAGACGAUUACGAACAUGAUUACUUCUGCCCUCAAAGCUCCUGCGAGUGCGGGCGUCAGCCCGUUCGGUGCACGACCUGGCAUAAGACCACAUGUUGGCCCAGGUAUGACUUUAAUGGGUGGUGGUCUACCUGCGCCGAACACACGUGACAAUGGUGGCAGUGGUGAUGCAGAAUGGACGGGCGUUCGUCGAGGAUAUCAGAGCCGAGGGAAACCUAGUCAUGGUAAACGUCAAGGGAAUGACCGGCGAGGUUUGUCUGGAAAGUUUUGA